GCACUGCGCAUCAAUGACAAUGUCAAUGUGCAUUAAAUUGUGAUUUGGUGGUUAUUUAUGUCCCAAUUUUGCGACUUAUUUUUAUUAUUUCUAUCUACUUACUUACUUAUUUUUAUCUAUAAGAAUACUUUAAUUAAUCGUAAUAAAAUCAGUAAUAUAUUACAAAGAAAGUGAGUAAAUAAUAUUAUUUUGUAAGUUUACCAGCAAAAAUCAAGUAAAAUGGCAGACGAGAAAAAGGUUAUGUUUCAUGAAAUGGAGUUGGACGAUAGAAUUUUAAAGGCAAUAUCCCAGUUAGGAUGGCCACAACCAACCCUUAUCCAAGAGACAGCAAUUCCCCUAUUACUUGAAGGUAAAGAUGUGCUCAUGCGAGCAAGAACUGGUUCAGGAAAAACUGCUGCAUUUGCAAUUCCAGCUAUACAGAAAAUAUUAAAUCUUAAGAACACAAGCAUACAUCAGUGUAUAAAAGCUCUUAUACUGUCUCCAAGCAAAGAGUUGUGUGGACAGAUUGCAUCAGUUAUAAGCGACUUAACACACAAAUGUGCCAGGGAAGUUCGCUGUAUUGAUAUAUCUUCAAGCGGAGACACACAUAUCCAGAAGUCCCUACUAUCAGAUAAACCAGACAUUGUUGUGGCAACUCCAUCCAGGGCUCUAGCUCAUUUGAAGGCAAACAACAUGAGGCUGAAAGAUGAUUUGUCGUUAUUGGUUGUGGAUGAGGCUGAUUUAGUCUUUUCUUUUGGAUACGAAGAUGAAAUAAAAGAGCUUCUUAGCCACUUACCUAAAAUAUACCAAGCCGUGCUUGCUUCCGCGACUCUAUCAGAUGACGUUCUCAGUCUAAAGAAGAUAGUUCUAAGAAACCCUGUCACCCUCAAACUCGAGGAACCAGAGUUGGCUCCUGCGUCACAGCUACAACACUACCACCUCUUUGCGGAGGAAGAUGACAAGGCGGCAAUAUUAUAUGCACUGUUAAAGUUGAAUCUUAUUAGAGGCAAGAGUAUCAUAUUCGUGAGAACAGUCGACAGGUGUUACAAAUUAAAACUCUACCUAGAACAGUUCAAAAUAAGCUCAUGCGUGCUGAACUCUGAGCUCCCGGCGGCUGUCCGGUGCCUGUCCGUGGAUCAGUUCAACCGCGGCCGCUACCAGAUCAUAGUGGCUUCAGAUGAGAAGGCCCUAGAGCAACCGGACGGUGGGAUGUUGGCUGGGGAAGAGAUCGGGAAGAAGAAAAAACAAAAAUCAAAACGCAGGAAAGACAGAGAAUCCGGCGUAUCAAGAGGCAUCGACUUCCAGCAUGUUUCCAACGUUAUCAACUUCGACUUCCCGCUCGAUGUCACUUCUUAUGUACACCGCGCUGGGCGCACUGCCAGGGGAAACAAUCAGGGUUCAGUGCUAUCGUUCGUGUCAAUACGGGAGAAGCCUCUCAUGGAAGCUGUAGAAGAUCACCUGUCAAAAGGAUUUAAAGGACAACAAGUUUUACAGAAGUAUGAGUUCGCAUUAGAAGAGGUGGAAGGCUUCCGAUACCGGUCGAGAGAUGCGUGGCGCGCCGUGACUCGCGUGGCGGUCCGGGAGGCGCGGCUAAAGGAGAUCAAACAAGAGCUGCUCAACUGUAAAAAACUACAGGGGUACUUCGAGGACAACCCCACGGACCUGGCGGCACUGAAGAGGGACAAGGCGCUGCACACGGUGCGCGUGCAGCCGCAGCUGGCGCACGUGCCCGAGUACCUGCUGCCCGCCGCGCUGCGGGCCGAGCCGGCCGAGCCCGACGCGGACGCGCCGCCGGAGCCCAAGAAAAGGAAACAGCCCAACAGAACCAGCUUCGGCAGCGCCAAGAGGCAUAAAUAUCAGGCGCGGCAAAGCAAUCCGCUGAAGAGUUUCAAGGUGACGAACAUCAAGCAGACCGUGCCGUCAACCGGAGACACGUAGCACCAACUUUAGCGUGUCGCUGCUAGUGGUCGGGUUAUAUUGGGUUAGUUAAAAAGUGUUGGUUAGUAUAGUGCUUCUAUCUCACGAAGACCGUUUAGCGUUCAAAUACAAAGCCACUUUGUUUUCUAUUAACAAAGGCAUCAUAAUUGAUGUGUCCAUUACUUAUUUACUGCAAGGCUAGCACGGGCAGGAGACAAAAAUUAUAUCCCCCGAUUAUAUCCCCUGACAGGGGAUACAAUUAACGUGUCCAGCUGCUAAAGCACGGGAACAUGGAAUAGGAGAAGUUUA